UUGAAAUAUAAAUCUUUAGUCCGAGCUUGGACCAUUCACCGACCAUUGUCCAUCGUAAGCCGCUAAGCUCAGCCUUCACCGACGCCAACAAGUGGCGAUUUCCACCACAUUUUCCACCUCCGGCUCUCCGAUUCCGGUCUCCGGUACCUCAAAUACUCCUUAAACCUCCUCGAAUCUCCAGCGAACUUUCUAGAACAAGCAUUUACCGAAUCUACACAAUUCGUAUGCUCUAUUUUGCGAGAAUGACAUUGUGAUGAAGGCGCGUGGAGAGAUGUCGGGAGCCGAGUAUAGCGGCGAUCACACCGUCCUGUUACGUUCGAAUUCAUCGGCGUCGGACGGAGAUUUAGAAGGUCAGUUACCGCAUAAGACUGGUAGUAGUAAAGGCAUUACGGAUCUAUUGAAGCGUUUGGAUCGAGGAUUUUCGAAUAGACGAUCGUCGAGUUUAAAGCGCUCUGAUAGGGAUCACGGUGCUGCUUCUACUAGCGGUUCUGGUGACGUCAGCGCUGAUGAAAUUCUCGGUGAUAGUGCUCCGCCGGAGUGGGCAUUGCUGCUUGUUGGAUGUCUCCUUGGCCUCGCUAUUGGCCUUUGUGUUGCCGCUUUUAAUCGUGGGGUACAUGUAGUACAUGAGUGGGCUUGGGCUGGUACUCCUAAUGAGGGAGCUGCUUGGCUUCGCUUGCAAAGGCUAGGUGACACUUGGCAUCGGAUACUUUUAAUACCAGUCCUUGGUGGAGUCAUUGUGGGCAUGCUGCAUGGUCUGCUUGAAAUAUUGGACCAAAUAACACAAUCCAGUUCUUCACCGGGACAAGGAUUGGAUUUAUUAGCUGGAAUCUUCCCUACUGUAAAGGCAAUUCAGGCAGCUGUGACUUUGGGAACUGGUUGUUCUUUAGGUCCUGAAGGCCCUAGUGUAGAUAUAGGAAAAUCUUGUGCCUAUGGAUGCUCAGUGAUGAUGGAAAACAAUCGAGAAAGGAGAAUAGCUCUUGUCGCUGCUGGUGCAGCUGCUGGAAUUGCUUCAGGUUUCAAUGCAGCAGUGGCUGGCUGUUUCUUUGCAAUUGAAACAGUUUUAAGACCACUUCGUGCAGAAAACUCACCUCCAUUUACAACUGCAAUGAUCAUAUUGGCUUCUGUCAUAUCGUCUACUGUUUCAAAUGCUGUACUCGGAGAGAAACAGGCUUUCACUGUGCCCACGUAUGAUAUGAAAUCUGCUGCUGAGCUACCUUUAUAUCUAAUACUGGGGAUGCUGUGUGGAGCAGUAAGUGUGGUUUUCACUCGAUUAGUCGCCUGGUUCUCUAAAGCAUUUCAGUUCCUCAAGGAAAAGUUUGGACUUUCUGAUGUUGUCUGCCCUGCUUUGGGUGGUUUGGGAGCUGGAAUAAUAGCUCUUAGAUAUCCUGGAAUUCUCUAUUGGGGUUUUACUAAUGUUGAUGAAAUUCUACAUACUGGUAAGACUGCAUCUGCACCUGGAAUCUGGUUGCUAGCUCAACUAGCAGCUGCAAAAGUUGUGGCCACUGCUUUAUGCAAAGGUUCUGGUCUUGUUGGUGGUCUGUAUGCACCAAGUUUAAUGAUAGGUGCUGCUGUGGGUGCUGUAUUUGGAGGUUCAGCUGGGGAACUAAUCAAUUCAGCUAUUCCAGGGACUACUGCUAUUGCUCAGCCACAGGCGUACGCCUUGGUGGGAAUGGCUGCUACAUUGGCGUCAGUUUGUUCGGUGCCUUUGACUUCAGUCCUGCUUUUGUUUGAGUUGACAAAAGAUUAUAGAAUAUUGCUUCCCCUCAUGGGUGCUGUUGGACUGGCAAUUUGGGUGCCUUCUGUAACAAUCCAGGCAAAGGAAGUGGAGGCAUCGGAUUCCAAGUAUUUGUCAAAAGGAUACUCUGUCCUUUCACCAGAUGAUGAGAAGAAUGAAGGUAAUGUUUGGAGGCACACAGGUGAGAGGAAUGACUUGGAACUAGCUGUACUUGGAUGUCGAAGCAGUCAUGAAUCUCUUGAUGAAGGCCUAAUUCUGGAAGAUCUAAAGGUUUCUCAGGUUAUGUCAAAUGAUUAUCUGAAGGUCGCUCCAAACCAAACUGUGAAAGAAGCAUUAGAAUACAUGCAUGAUAGUCGACAGAAUUUUGUUAUUGUGGUUAAUGCUGAAGAUUGUCUGGAAGGAAUUUUAACAUAUGGUGACAUCAAACGUAGUUUGUUUAACAACUCAGGGGAUUCUUCCGACAGGGAUUCGGCACUUAAAGAUGCAAAUACUUGUCUUGUUUCCUCUAUAUGCACAAGAGGGAUAAACUAUCGUGGGCGAGAAUGUGGACUUAUAACUUGUUAUCCUGACACCGACCUAGCAAUUGCAAAGCAGCUAAUUGAGGCCAAAGGAAUCAAACAGUUGCCGGUGAUCAAGCGUGGUGGAGACUUGAAUCAAGAAAGAAAGCGCAAACUUGUUGCUAUUCUGCGUUAUAAGUCAAUCGAAGAGUCUAUCAGAAAUGAAGUGAGUCGCCGAAAGUCAGUCUACCAGCAGAGAAAAGAAGACAAUGACAAACAGAUGGUAACAAGUGGUCAUUAAUUGCACGAAGGGGCCGAGCAUGAAAAACAAGCUUCAACAAUUAAUUAUUGUUUGUUGAAGACUCGGAAUCAGCUGGUAUUAUGCAACUCGACUGCACAGUUGUUUUGGCUCAUAAUUUUGGCUGCAUGAAGAAGUUUGAGUUCCCUUCAAGCUUUGUGGCCUUCCUUUUUCUGGACAGCCAGAGGGUUUCCUAAUGUCUUCACACUUCAUACCAUACUUAUUAAAAAUCAAGAUUCUAUAUUUGUUGGGUUUGAUUUAUAUGAGUAGUUGUCGGUAGGUAUACCUGUGUAAUCUGAUAUCUCACAUUUUGUACAUGAAGUUUAAUCUACUGUUUUAGAUGCAAGUCUAAGGCAAAAAGUAUUCGAUACAGACAGAUUUUAAAGCAGAAAUAUUCAUUAUUAAUGAAAAUACUCUCAAUGUUUUACUCUUAA